GGCUCUGACACCUAGCAUUCAGAUCUUGUAGCUUAGCUUGAUCGGACGAUUGUUGUGUGAUUCUUGUAAAAUAUAGACUAGAUUAAAUCAUGGCUAGCUUUUACAAGAGGUAUUUAUUGCUGCUGCAAUCUUGGCCUCUGGAUAAAUCUAAGGUUGGAAAAGAUUUGGGCCAGCACAUACGUGACCAGGUCAAGCUCGCUUUUGCAAAAGGUGAUCUCAACCAGGUGGAUGAGGAGCGUUGUGAACGCUAUUACAACAGUCUGAGAAGAAUCGCUACCAAUACUCAUAACACAUCAUACAAACGUUCAUUGACGAGUACUGCAAGUGGGCUGAGCCAAGAACACUGCAACUUGGCAUUAUCUCCAGAAUUUCUGGAGUAUUGGAAAGAAGAAGAUAGAAACCUGAUAUCAAAGCUGUUCAGAAAACAGCGUAAAAAUGUCCCUGAGGAGAAUUAAUGUUAACCUGCACCUGAGCUUAAGUAAUAUUAAAUUGUACAGUAAGAAACUAACUUUCAAAAAUAUGCGCUUGGAAUCAACUUUAGAUCAACCCAGACGCAGUUAUCAAACUAACGUUGCUGAAAAAAGUGUAGAUCUUCAUCAUGUGCCGGUACUGGUUGAUGCGGUCCUUGAAUAUUUGGAUCCAAAACCAGGGCAAACUAUUGUUGAUAUGACUUUUGGUGCAGGAGGCCAUACAAAAA